AAAGGUAGUGGGCCUAGUGGCCUAUCUACAUACGGAAGGAAUUUCUACCCAAAGGCCGAAGUAGUAGCCAAAGUCCAUCGGAGCCACACAAUCCUUACCGUCAAUCGCGAUUGCCAAUUACUCAAAUAGCUCCACCUUGCAGUCAAUCGUGGAUGCCGGAUAGCCUCUCACUCUCUUGACGGACCGACGGAGUUCCGACCUCGGCAAAACGAAGCCACCACAGCAACUUCUAGGGGGUAGGGAUACACCUAAAAUCAAUAAAGAUUAGAAGGUCAUUCCCCCAAUCUCACUUAAAUCAGUUUUGGACUUUAAAGGUCAACUCUAAUUCGGUCAUUAUGCCUCAUAAACACCUUUCUGGUAGUCAAAAGCGUAAAAAAAGAAAAAGAGAUGAAGAAAUGAGAAAGUCUCAAAUGGGUGCUAUGGAUAAGUUCUUGUAUAGACCCGUUGUUGAAGAGAAUGAUGAAGAGGUAGAAGUAGAAUUUGAAGACCUUGAACCACAAGAGCAUGUUGAAGGGCAAGAGCAUGUGGAAGUUGGGAUUGUAGAUCAAGAACAUGUGGGAGAGGCUAAAGAAUAUAUUGAGCAUAAAGCUAUUGAUAUAUUUGAUCCAAGGAGGUGGGAAGGACAUAAUUCUACGAACAUUAAGACUUUGGUUGAGAAAGGUCCUAAAAGAGAUACUAGCAUUAUGUAUGCGCCAUAUACCAAAGAUGGAAUAAGUUAUAGACGGUUUUCUGCUAUUUUAUAUACGAAAACGUUAUCUAAUUUGGAAAGGGUUGAUAGAGAAUGGCUAGUAUAUUCGAAAGACUUGGACAAGAUAUUUUGUUUUUGUUGUAAAGUAUUCAGAACAGGGGCUCCGAAAGGUAAAUUGAACGGUGAAGGCUAUUCAAAUUGGCAUCAUUCUCCGAAUAGAAUUAGAGAACAUGAACUUUCCUUGGAUCAUCUCACAAAUAUGAGAAAGUGGUUGGAUAUGCGCAAAAGAUUACAAGUGAACGAGACAAUCGACAAUGUUCAAUACGAGCAAUUUAAAAUAGAAACUGCAUAUUGGAAACAAAUCCUUUUAAGAAUCUUGGCAUUGGUGAAGUUUUUGGCUAAACAUAAUUUAACAUUUCGUGGCUCAAAAGAAAAGUUGUAUAAAAAAGGCAAUGGAAAUUUCUUAUGCCUCAUUGAAAUGUUACAAGAAUUUGACCCAGUCAUUCAAGAGCAUGUGCGUCGGAUCACAACAGAUGAGCUUCAUGUGCAUUAUCUCGGACACAACAUCCAAAAUGAGUUAAUACUUUUUCUUGCGGAAGAAAUCAAGAAGGAAAUCAUCAAAAAGAUAAAGAAACCAAAGUAUUUCUCAAUCAUACUUGAUUGUACCCCCGAUUCAAGUCACCAAGAACAAAUGAGUAUCAUAGUGAGAAAGGAGUUUUUCCAAAUUGAAACUGUUGAAAUCUUUCUUAAGAUCAACAAUGUCCCAACUCCCAAGAAAGGCUUAGCGGAUUGGCGAUAAUAGCAAUUGAGAAUGAAAUCCUUGAGAGUAUAGAUUAUGGAGAGUUGAUCAACCAAUUUGCUCUCAAGAGUGCUAGGAGAACUUCAAGAAUCCUCGGCUAGCCAUUAAGGCCCUUAAUUUCUCGAAGACGAUCUUGCGUGCCACUCUUGCUUUUUGCGACAACUGAAAACACGUCAUCAUUAUAUUCCUGCAUUCCACUUCCGAGGAUCAUGUGUCCUCUCUUUGGUUCAUAGCAUCUACUUCAAAGAGAGUAAAAUGGGAGGAAACUUAAGAGUCAAUUAUUGGUUGAAAAUUAAAUUAGGCAUUUCUUGUGAUCAUUGUAUGGUUAGUUUUAAGUGAUCCACAUGACAUUAAGGUUUCAUCCAGCGCGUGUGCCGCCGCCCAUUGCUGACAAUCAGAUCUGUCAAUUAGCGUUCUUCGUCAAUUUUCAAUCGCUUAGUUGCGAUUCUUUGUUCGUAGCACAGCGUGUUCGUUGCUCUUUGACGGUCCACGUUUAGGAGUUCCUACGAUGGAGAACUUCUUCUACUGAGUAUGACGAUGGUUUCUCAUAUUUUUUCAAUUAGAAAAUUAGUCAGAAUGAUUUUUUGCGGCUGAAGUUGAGCAUGAAUGAGCUUUGAUUGAGUUUGACUUUUAAUAGGCCAAUAAUGUAAGAAUUCCUUA